AUGUUAACAGCAGUGUGUACACCAGUGACUUUUGGAAACCUUUCCUUUUUUGGAGCUGAGGUGCUCUCUCUGGAGGCAAACUUAGUCUCCAACUACAGCGUUUCAGUUCCUACUACGUAUCGCUUCACUCAACCGGCCAUAGAAGUGGUGAACGCCGUAUUCUGCAACGUGACGGUAACCUACACACACCCAGGACAGGGCGAUAAUGUUGCUGUUGAAGCCUGGCUUCCGCCAGACGGUUGGAACGGGCGCCUCCAGGCCGUCGGAGGUGGCGGCUGGGUUGCGGGACGCUCGAUAUUUGACAUCGCUAUGGGCGGAGCGCUGGGUGACGGCUAUGCAGCAAUAUCAACCGAUGCUGGACUGAGGAAUGCAGAGGAUCCAUCUACGUGGGCGCUGCUGAGCCCCGGAAAUGUUAACCUCUACAACCUGCAGAACCUUGCGUCAGUUUCUUUGAAUGAUACGGCAGUCAUUGGAAAGGCACUUGUUAAGUCCUACUACGGCCGCGGACCGGAUUAUACCUACUGGAAUGGCUGCUCGCAAGGUGGUCGGCAGGGGCUCAUGCUAGCCCAGCGGUACCCAACAGCCUUUGACGGCAUUGCAGCGGGCGCGCCGGCAAUUUACUGGACAGAAAUUUUCCCUAGCAUGCUGUGGCCGCAACAGACGAUGAACAUGCUGGGUGAAUAUCCUUACCCGUGCGAGAUACAGGCCAUCACAGCAGCAGCAGUCUCCGCCUGCGACGGGCUAGAUGGUAUAACCGACGGAAUCAUUAGCAAGACCAACGACUGCUUAGCUAGCUUUGACCCCUUUGACCUAGUUGGCCAACAAAUCAACUGCACCCAAGCGCCUACAAUCGGCUCGGCUGCGGCGGCUGUAGUCAACGCGACAUGGCAGGGGAGACACGACGCACAGGGCGUGCAGAGGUGGUUUGGGUUAAACCCAGGUACCGACCUAUCUAUCGGCGUUGCAAUGACGAACUGCACAGGAGAAACGUGCCAGGGCGUACCGCUGUCAAUCGCCACAGAGUGGAUUUCGCUCUUUGUUGCACGUGGUGGAGGAAUCAAUAUCUCUAACCUGAGCCAUAUUGAAUUCGAUUCACUAGCUCCUCAGAGCCGGCAAUGGUACAAUUCAGUAAUCGACACUGACGACGCCGACUUAUCUGCCUUUCAAAACGCCGGUGGUAAGCUCAUUACCUUCCACGGUCUUGUUGAUGAAACGAUCCCCUCGAGGAGCACCUCCAAGUACUACAACGAAGUUUCAGCCCUAAUUCCAAGUAUAAACGACUUCUACCGCCACUUCGAGGUGCCCGGUAUGGGCCACUGUGCCGGACGUCAAAGCGGGGAACCGACUAGCCUCUUUGAUCAGCUGCGCGCAUGGGUUGAGAACGGCACCGCGCCGGACCACUCGUCGAUUAAGGUCACUGGCUUGGACGGAGCUGAGCAAAGCCGGAUCUUGUGCCCGUAUCCCCAGGAUGUCGUCUUCGAUCAGGAUUGCGGCGCCGAAGGUGAAGCUCGGUGCUGGUCGUGUUCUGAGUCUACUCCCUAG